UUGAGGUUGGACGCCAUGUGUCCUCUGGAAGCCAACAGCGCAGUCUGUGUGUGUGGACUCUGCUGACCCACUUGCUGGCACCUUCUACUUCUUUCUUUUUCUUUUCUUUUUUUUGGUUUUUUGUGGGAGAGUUACUUCAAGUUGUGUUUGGAGCUGACGUGAGCGAGACAGAGGCUGGUCAUGUGCUUGGCCCAGUGUUACACUCCCCCCACCUGAGGAUCACCAGGAGGCCCGGCAGGCCCAGCUUUGCCCGUGAGCACACUGUGACCUGCGUUCUGCCUGACCUGACCCUGUCCACCACUGCCCCCCCAGCUCAUGUGGACAUGGCCCCUCCUGGGACAGGCCCAUUAGUGCCGGACUGAGCUGCCAGGUGCCUAGGACAGGGUGGUCUGCGAGCAGAUGACGAAGACUGGCUUUUAAUCGUUGUUGACCAUUGAGCGGGAGAUUACAGGGGCCCAGGAGCCCCCCUGGAUGCCCACCACCAUGUCGGGAUCCACGCAGCCUGUGGCACAGACGUGGCGGGCCACCGAGCCCCGCUACCCACCCCACGGCAUCUCCUACCCCGUUCAGAUCGCCCGGCCGCACACGGAUGUUGGGCUGCUUGAAUACCCGCACCACCCCCGUGACUACACCUCACACCUGUCGCCUAGCUCCAUCAUCCAGCCCCAGCGGAGGAGGCCCUCCCUGCUGUCUGAAUUUCAGCCCGGGAAUGAAAGGUCCCAGGAGCUUCACCUGCGACCCGAGUCCCACUCGUACCUGCCUGAGCUGGGCAAGUCAGAGAUGGAGUUCCUGGAGAGCAAGCGCCCUCGCCUGGAGCUCCUGCCUGACCCUCUGCUACGGCCCUCGCCCCUGCUGGCCGCUGGCCAGCCUGGGGGCUCCGAGGACCUGUCCAAGGACCGCAGCCUGACAGGCAAGCUGGAGCCGGUGUCUCCUCCGAGCCCCCCGCAUGCUGACCCUGAGCUGGAGCUGGUACCCCCACGGCUCUCCAAGGAGGAGCUGAUCCAGAACAUGGACCGGGUGGACCGGGAGAUCACCAUGGUGGAGCAGCAGAUCUCCAAACUGAAGAAGAAGCAGCAACAGCUGGAAGAGGAGGCCGCCAAGCCGCCGGAGCCCGAGAAGCCCGUGUCACCACCGCCCAUCGAAUCGAAGCAUCGCAGCCUGGUGCAGAUCAUCUAUGACGAGAACCGGAAGAAGGCCGAGGCUGCACAUCGGAUUCUGGAAGGCCUGGGGCCCCAGGUGGAGCUGCCAUUGUACAACCAGCCCUCCGACACCAGGCAGUAUCAUGAGAACAUCAAAAUAAACCAGGCGAUGCGGAAAAAGUUAAUCUUGUACUUCAAGAGGAGGAAUCACGCCCGGAAACAAUGGGAACAGAAGUUCUGCCAGCGCUAUGACCAGCUCAUGGAAGCCUGGGAGAAGAAGGUGGAGCGCAUCGAGAAUAACCCCCGGCGGCGGGCCAAGGAGAGCAAGGUGCGCGAGUACUACGAGAAGCAGUUCCCCGAGAUCCGCAAGCAGCGGGAGCUGCAGGAGCGCAUGCAGAGCAGGGUGGGGCAGCGGGGCAGCGGGCUUUCCAUGUCAGCCGCCCGCAGUGAGCACGAGGUGUCCGAGAUCAUCGAUGGCCUGUCGGAGCAGGAGAACCUGGAGAAGCAGAUGCGUCAGCUGGCUGUGAUCCCACCCAUGCUAUACGAUGCUGACCAGCAGCGGAUCAAGUUCAUCAACAUGAAUGGGCUCAUGGAUGAUCCCAUGAAGGUGUACAAAGACCGCCAGGUCAUGAACAUGUGGAGCGAGCAGGAGAAGGAGACCUUCCGGGAGAAAUUCAUGCAGCACCCCAAGAACUUCGGCCUGAUCGCAUCAUUCCUGGAGAGAAAGACAGUGGCUGAGUGUGUCCUCUAUUACUACCUGACCAAGAAGAAUGAGAACUAUAAGAGCCUGGUGAGGCGGAGCUACCGUCGUCGAGGCAAAAGCCAGCAGCAGCAGCAGCAGCAGCAGCAGCAGCAGCAGAUGCCCCGCAGCAGCCAGGAGGAGAAAGAUGAGAAGGAGAAGGAGAAGGAGGCGGAGAAGGAGGAGGAGAAGCCCGACGUGGAGAAUGACAAGGAGGAGCUGAUCAAGGAGAAGACGGACGACACCUCUGGGGAAGACAACGAUGAGAAGGAGGCAGUGACCUCCAAAGGCCGAAAAACCGCCAACAGCCAGGGGAGACGCAAAGGCCGCAUCACCCGCUCGAUGGCCAACGAAGCCAACAGCGAGGAGGCCGUCACGCCGCAGCAGAGUGCUGAGCUGGCUUCCAUGGAGAUGAAUGAGAGUUCUCGCUGGACGGAAGAAGAGAUGGAGACAGCCAAGAAAGGUCUCCUGGAACACGGCCGGAACUGGUCGGCCAUCGCCCGGAUGGUGGGCUCCAAGACGGUGUCCCAGUGUAAGAACUUCUACUUCAACUACAAGAAGAGGCAGAACCUGGAUGAGAUUCUACAGCAGCACAAGCUGAAGAUGGAGAAGGAGAGGAAUGCACGGAGGAAGAAGAAGAAAGCCCCGGCCGCUGCCAGUGAGGAGGCCGCCUUCCCACCUGUAGUGGAGGACGAGGAGAUGGAGGCGUCGGGCGUGAGUGGAAACGAAGAGGAGAUGGCAGAGGAGGCAGAAGCCUUACAGGCCUCUGGGAACGAGGUCCCCAGAGGGGAAUGCAGUGGCCCAGCCGCCGUCAACAACAGCUCCGACACCGAGAGCGUCCCGUCACCCCGCACCGAGGCCGCCAAGGACACGGGGCAGAACGGGCCCAAGCCCCCGCCCGCCCCGGGCACGGAUGCACCACCUCCUGAGCCGCCCACCCCACCACCCGAGGACGCCCCGGCCCCCACCGAUCAGUCGCCCGCCACGCCCCCUGCCGUGGUCCCCAAGGAGGAGAAGGAGGAAGAGGCCGCAGCCGCCCCCUCAGCCGAGGAGGGGGAGGAGCAGAAGCCCUCCGUGGCCCCAGAGCUGGCGGCCGACGUGGGCAAGGCCAAGACGGAGGAGCCGGGCGAGGCGCGCCCCGCGGAACCCGUCAAGACUGAGUGUGAGGAGGAGGCCGCCGGAGAGGGGCCCGACAAGGUGAAGGCUAGCCCGGAGGCCACAGCGGAGGCCGCGCCCGAGGGGGCGCUCAAGGUGGAGAAGAAGGAGGCCAGCGGCUCUGGGGGCAAAGGCCCGGCGGCCAAGGGCUCAGGCGCCCCGCAGGACAGUGACUCCAGCGCGACCUGCAGUGCCGACGAGGUGGACGAGCCCGAGGGCGGCGACAAGAACAGGGUGAGGCUGGACUCAGGCCAGCCUCCUGACCUCUUCCUGGCUGGCAGUCCGCCACCCCUCCCUCCUGCCCCGGCUGCGGCCGCACGGGGCCAGGCGGGCGCCGGAGGACGCAGGCGAGAUGCGUCAGAGUGCGCCCUGGCAGCCAGCACCACCCCCCCACCGCCCCAGAGAGAUCGAGACAGUGCCGGGCACUUUCUGGCAGGGCUGGGCCUUCAGAAGUGCCUUUCCCUGGACCUCAGGUUUUUCACCCACAAGAUGGGCGUGGGUAUCCCUGCUUACAGGCUGCUUGGGAGGAUAAUGGAGUUCCGAGCCCACGGGCGGGCAAUGUACACGCUGACCCUGCACCCGCAGAGCCUACGCCCGCCUGGUAUGCGGUCCUCGCCCCAGAAGCCGCUGGACCUGAAACAGCUGAAGCAGCGGGCAGCUGCCAUCCCCCCGAUCCAGGUCACCAAAGUCCACGAGCCGCCCCGGGAGGAAGCAGCUCCCUCUAAGCCAGCUCCCCCUGCCCCCCCACCAUCGCAGCACCUGCAACCGGAGAGUGACACCCCCCAGCCGCCCAGCAGCAGCCCUCGAGGCAAAAGCAGGAGUCCUGCGCCUCCUGCCGAGAAGGAGGAGAAGCCCGUGUUCUUCCCGGCCUUUGCAACUGAGGGCCAGAAGCUGCCCACGGACCCCUCCUGCUGGACAUCAGGCCUGCCCUUCCCCGUGCCCCCUCGCGAGGUGAUCAAGGCCUCUCCGCAUGCCCCUGACCCCCUGGCCUUCUCCUAUGCCCCACCUGGUCACCCGCUGCCCCUGGGCCUCCACGACAGCGCCCGGCCCGUCCUGCCACGGCCACCCACCAUCUCCAACCCACCGCCCCUCAUCUCCUCCACCAAGCACCCCAGCGUCCUCGAGAGGCAAAUGGGGGCCAUCUCCCAGGGAAUGUCGGUGCAGCUCCACGUCCCAUACUCAGAGCACGCCAAGGCCCCCGUGGGCCCCAUCGCCAUGGGGCUGCCCCUCGCCAUGGACCCAAAGAAGCUGGCGCCGUUCAGCGGAGUGAAGCAGGAGCAACUGUCCCCACGGGGCCAGGCCGGACCCCCCGAGAGCCUGGGGGUGCCUACAGCCCAGGAGACGUCUGUCCUGAGAGGGACGUCUCUGGGCUCGGUUCCAGGUGGAAGCAUCACCAAGGGCACCCCCAGCACGCGGGUCCCCUCCGAGAGCCCCAUCACGUACCGCGGCUCCAUCACACACGGCACACCAGCUGAUGUCCUGUACAAGGGAACCAUCACCAGGAUCAUCGGUGAGGACAGCCCGAGCCGCCUGGACCGCAGCCGGGAGGAUGGGCUGCCCAAGGGCCACGUCAUCUACGAGGGCAAGAAGGGCCACGUGCUAUCCUACGAGGGUGGCAUGUCCGUGUCCCAGUGCUCCAAGGAGGACGGGAGGAGCAGCUCGGGCCCUCCCCACGAGACGGCCGCCCCUAAGCGCACCUACGACAUGAUGGAGGGCCGCGUCAGCCGGGCCAUCUCCUCAGCCAGCAUCGAAGGUCUCAUGGGCCGCGCCAUCCCGCCUGAGCGACACAGCCCCCACCACCUCAAAGAGCAGCACCAUAUCCGAGGCUCCAUCACGCAAGGGAUCCCACGGUCCUACGUGGAGGCCCAGGAAGACUACCCGCGCCGGGAGGCCAAGCUCCUGAAGCGCGAGGGCACGCCACCACCACCGCCUCCGCCCCCUCGGGACCUGGCUGAGGCCUACAAGGCCCGGCCCUUGGAGGCCCUGGGUCCCCUGAAGCUGAAGCCGGCCCACGAGGGCCUGGUGGCGACGGUGAAGGAGGCCGGCCGCUCCAUCCACGAGAUUCCACGGGAGGAGCUGCGGCGCACGCCCGAGCUGCCCCUGGCCCCCCGGCCGCUCAAGGAGGGCUCCAUCACACAGGGCACCCCGCUCAAGUAUGACACCAGCACGUCCUCCACUGGCUCCAAAAAGCACGACGUGCGCUCCAUCAUCGGCAGUCCAGGCCGGACGUUCCCGGCCGUGCACCCGCUGGACGUGAUGGCCGACACCCGGGCGCUGGAGCGCGCCUGCUACGAGGAGAGCCUGAAGAGCCGGUCGGGUGCCGUCAGCAGCUCGGGGGGCUCCAUCACCCGGGGGGCUCCGGUCAUCGUGCCUGAGCUGGGAAAGCCGCGACAGAGCCCUCUGACCUACGAGGACCACGCGGCGCCCUUCGCCGGUCACCUACCCCGCGGAUCACCAGUGACCACACGGGAGCCCACCCCGCGCCUGCAGGAGGGCAGUCUCUCGUCCAGCAAGGCAUCCCAGGACCGAAAGCUGACAUCCACGCCCCGGGAGAUUGCCAAGUCCCCGCACAGCAGUGUGCCUGAGCACCACCCCCACCCCAUCUCGCCCUAUGAGCACCUGCUCCGGGGGGUGAGCGGCGUGGACCUGUACCGUGGCCACAUCCCGCUGGCCUUCGACCCCACCUCCAUACCCCGAGGAAUCCCUCUGGAUGCAGCCGCUGCCUAUUACCUGCCCCGGCACCUGGCCCCCAACCCCACCUACCCACACCUGUACCCGCCUUACCUCAUCCGCGGCUACCCCGACACGGCGGCGCUGGAGAACCGCCAGACAAUCAUCAACGACUACAUCACCUCGCAGCAGAUGCACCACAACGCAGCCACCGCCAUGGCCCAGCGAGCCGACAUGCUGAGGGGCCUGUCGCCCCGAGAGUCCUCGCUGGCCCUCAACUACGCCACCGGCCCGCGAGGCAUCAUCGACCUGUCUCAAGUGCCACACUUGCCCGUGCUGGUGCCUCCCACGCCAGGCACGCCAGCCACCGCCAUGGACCGCCUCGCCUACCUCCCCACCGCACCCCAGCCCUUCAGCAGCCGGCUCAGCAGCUCUCCGCUCUCCCCGGGAGGCCCGACUCACUUGACAAAACCCACCGCCACGUCCUCGACCGAGCGGGAGCGGGAACGGGAGCGCGAUCGGGAGCGCGAACGCGAGCGGGAGAAGUCCAUCCUCACAUCCACCACCACGGUAGAGCACGCGCCCAUCUGGAGACCGGGCACGGAGCAGAGCAGCGGCGGCAGCGGCGGGGGUGGGGGCGGCGGCAGCAGCCGCCCCGCCUCCCACUCCCACGCCCACCAGCACUCGCCCAUCUCACCGCGGACCCAGGACGCCAUCCAGCAGAGACCCAGCGUGCUGCACAACACGGGCAUGAAGAGCAUCAUCACCUCCGUGGAGCCCAGCACGCCCACAGUCCUGAGGUCCACCUCCACCUCCUCGCCUGUCCGCCCAGCUGCCACAUUCCCACCCGCCACCCACUGCCCGCUGGGCGGCACCCUCGAUGGGGUCUACCCCACCCUCAUGGAGCCUGUCUUGCUGCCUAAGGAGGCCCCUCGGGUCGCCCGGCCCGAGCGGCCCCGCGCGGACGCUGGCCACACGUUCCUCACCAAGCCUCCAGCCCGCGCCGGGCUGGAGCCCGCUUCCUCCCCCGGCAAGGGCUCCGAGCCCCGGCCCCUGGCACCCCCCGGCUCCGGCCACGCGGCCAUCGCCCGCGCCCCAGCGAAGAGCCUCGCAUCCCACCACACCAGCCCGGACCAGCCGGCGCCCCCCGCCUCAGCCGCGGACCUGCACCGGGAAAAGACUCAAAGUAAACCCUUUUCCAUCCAGGAAUUGGAACUCCGUUCUCUGGGUUACCAUGGCGGCAGCUACAGCCCCGACGGGGUGGAGCCCGUGAGCCCCGUGAGCUCGCCCAGCCUGACCCAUGACAAGGGGCUCCCCAAGCACCUGGAGGAGCUCGACAAGAGCCACCUGGAGGGAGACCCGCGGCACAAGCAGCCAGGCCCAGGGAAGCUCAGCGGUGAGGCGGCACACCUCCCACACCUGCGGCCGCUGCCCGAGAGCCAGCCCUCGUCCAGCCCGCUGCUCCAGACCACCCCGGGGGUCAAAGGUCACCAGCGGGUGGUCACCCUGGCACAGCACAUCAGUGAGGUCAUCACGCAGGACUACACGCGGCACCACCCGCAGCAGCUCAGCACGCCCCUCCCCGCCCCCCUCUACUCCUUCCCCGGAGCCAGCUGCCCCGUCCUGGACCUGCGCCGCCCACCCAGCGACCUCUACCUCCCACCCCCGGACCACGGCGCCCAGGCCCGUGGCUCACCCCACAGUGAAGGGGGCAAGAGGUCUCCAGAGCCAAGCAAGAUGUCAGCCCUGGGCAGCGGUGAGGAUGGUAUUGAACCUGUGUCCCCGCCGGAGGGCAUGGUGGAGCCCGGGCAUCCGCGGGGCACCAUGUACCCACUGCUGUACCGGGACGGGGAGCAGAUGGAGCCCAGCAGGAUGGGCUCCAAAUCUCCAGGCAACACCAGCCAGCCACCGGCGUUCUUCAGCAAGCUGACUGAGAGCAACUCGGCCAUGGUCAAAUCUAAGAAACAGGAGAUCAAUAAGAAGCUGAACACCCACAACCGGAAUGAGCCAGAAUACAAUAUCGGCCAGCCGGGGACAGAGAUCUUCAACAUGCCAGCCAUCACCGGAGCAGGCCUCAUGACCUGCAGAAGCCAGGCGGUGCAGGAACAUGCCAGCACCAACAUGGGGCUGGAGGCUAUUAUUAGAAAGGCGCUCAUGGGUAAAUAUGAUCAGUGGGAAGAGCACCCGCUCAGCGCCAAUGCUUUUAACCCUCUGAAUGCCAGUGCCAGCCUGCCCGCUGCUGCUAUGCCCAUAACCGCUGCUGACGGACGGAGCGAACACGCACUCACCUCGCCAGGUGGCGGCGGAAAGGCCAAAGUCUCCGGCAGACCCAGCAGCCGAAAAGCCAAGUCCCCAGCCCCGGGCCUGGCGUCUGGGGACCGGCCACCCUCCGUCUCCUCGGUGCACUCGGAGGGAGACUGCAACCGCCGGACUCCGCUCACCAACCGCGUGUGGGAGGACCGGCCCUCAUCCGCAGGGUCCACCCCAUUCCCCUACAACCCCCUGAUCAUGCGGCUACAGGCGGGGGUCAUGGCCUCCCCGCCCCCGCCCGGCCUCCCCGCGGGCAGUGGGCCCCUGGCCGGCCCCCACCACGCCUGGGACGAGGAGCCCAAGCCGCUGCUCUGCUCGCAGUACGAGACGCUGUCCGACAGCGAGUGACGGUCAGAGCGGGGAGGGGGCGGCGAGCAGCCGGAGCAGCGGGUCGAGGAGCGGGCGGCCGCCGACUCCUCGCACCAAGGAAGGAGCCCCUGAGUCUGCCUGUGCGCCCAUCCGUCCGUCCGUCCGUCCAGAGCCGGCAUCCUUGCCUGUCUAAAGCCUUAACUACGACUCCCGCCCCGGCUGGCCCGCGCAGUGACCUUACUCAGGGGAUGUUUACCUGGUGCUCGGGAGGGGCCGGGCCGGGCAGGGGGCGCGGCAGGCGUGUGUGGCGGCCACACGCGUACAGCCGGGGCGGCCAGGGACCCAAAGCAGGACGACCACCCACCUCCCACGCCACUGCCUCCCCCCUUAACGCAUUUGGAACCAAAGUCUAAACUGAGCUCGCAGCCCCCGCACCCCCAGCCCCGUACGCCCCCCACCCCCCUCCCGCUUAGCACUCUGGACAGACGGACACGGGCCCUGUCCAGGCCCCAGCACUCUUGUCCCUGGGCCCCAGGGGCUGCUCCAGCCCCAGGCGAUGAGACCGUGGGAAACCGAGUCAGGCCAGACGGGCGGGCGGCAGGGCCAGGUGCGGCCUGGGGCGAGCGGCUGCUCCAAGGAACUGGACUGUUUCGUUCACGCAGCAUUGCCGCAGCGGCGGGAAGGAAAGGCAGGUGUAAAUGAUAUAUUGGUUUACAGGGUAUAUUUUUGAUACCUUCAAUGAAUUAAUUCAGAUGUUUUAAGCAAGGAAGGACUUACCCAGUAUUAUUGCUGCUGUGCUUUCGAUCCCUGCUUACCGUUCAAGAGGCGUGCGCAGGCUGACAGUCGGUGACCCCAUCGUCCGCAGGACCAAGGGGGGUGGGGGCUGCUGGUCCCCGAGCUCCCCCCCUGCGUCCUCCCUUCCUCCCUUCCUUGGGCAGAAUGAAUUUGAUGGGUAUUCUGUGACCGCCAUCUGCGCACGGCGGUGGCGUCCUGUCAUUUACACAUGUUCUUCUCAUUAAAAAGCAAAUUAUACUCGA